AUGGAUACAACAGAGCCAGACUAUCUUCUUAAGAUUUUCCUCAUUGGUGAUUCUGGUGUUGGUAAGACAAAUCUUCUCGCAAGAUUCACUCGUGAUCAAUUCAAUCCUGAAUCAAAGUCAACAAUCGGCGUCGAGUUCGCUUCAAAGACAAUGCAAAUCGAAGGCAAGACAAUUAAAGCCCAGAUUUGGGAUACUGCUGGUCAGGAGCGCUAUCGCGCAAUCACUUCUGCUUAUUAUCGUGGUGCAAUCUGCAUAUUCUUCUCUGAAAUCUUUUCCUUUGUAAUACAUUACGCAGCCAGAUAA